CCGUCGCUACUUCCUGCGACAGGCGCCAUUUUCGGCGUCGAGGCUGAAUUACAGCAUGCUGUUGUCAAACAGAUAAUAAGAACUCAAGAGACGUAUACCUUGGUUUUUCACAUUUGUUUCCACAAUGGGAAGAAAAAAGAAGAAGCAGAUGAAGCCGUGGUGCUGGUACUGCAAUCGAGAUUUUGAUGAUGAAAAGAUCCUCAUUCAGCAUCAAAAGGCCAAACACUUUAAAUGUCACAUUUGCCAUAAGAAGUUAUACACUGGCCCGGGCCUGGCCAUUCACUGCAUGCAGGUGCACAAAGAGUCAAUCGACAGUGUACCAAAUGCAAUUCCCGGAAGAAUCGACAUUGAACUGGAGAUCUAUGGUAUGGAGGGAAUUCCUGAGAAAGAUAUGCAAGAAAGAAGACGAACGUUGGAACAGAAAUCUCAAGAUGGAGGGAAAAAAAGGAACCCAGAUGAUUCGGAUGAGGAUGACGACGACGAUGAAGCAGGACCAUCAGUGCAGCAAGUGACUGGUGUGCCGCCUCAAGUAGGUUAUGCUGCACCUAUGGCUCAGCCUGGGAUCCCUCCUGUGGUGGGUGCGCCGGGGAUGCCUCCAGGAGGAUAUCAAGGAAUGCCUCCAAUGAUGCCAGGUGUUCCUCCUAUGAUGCAUGGCUUGCAUCAUGGUAUUCAUGGAAUGCCUCCAGGGAUGAUGCCAAUGGGUGGGAUGAUGCCUCCCAUGAUGCCAGGCAUGCCUGGUAUGCCCCCAGGAAUGCCACCGCACAUGGCUCCAAGGCCAGGGAUGCCCCACAUGGCCCCGGUCCCUACAGCAGGAGCGAUACCCACUCGACCAACGGUAACAGUGGCUCAACCAGCUGUCACCAAGCCUCUUUUCCCCAGUGCAGCACAGAUGGGCUCUGGUGUUCACUGCAGCACAGCAGCCGUUUCCUCUCCACCUGCAGACCUUCAGUCUGCCUCCUCUCAACUUCCCUUUCCUAACACACCACAAGCCCAGCAAAGUGCUUCAGGAGCCGCAGCAUCGAACUCCCACAGCACAGCAGGCUCCUCCGACCUGCCCAAAGCAACAUUCCCUGCAUAUACCCAACCCUCUGUUUCUUCCUCUUCCACUUCCUCCUCUAACCCAUCUAGCAGUACUGUGGCCAAACCCCCAGCCACAGUGUCCACAAAACCUGCCACCCUCACCACCUCGAGUGCAACUAGUAAGUUGAUCCACCCUGAUGAGGAUAUCUCGCUGGAGGAGCUGAGGGCACAGUUGCCCCGUUACCAGCGUCUCUUAGCAAGGACAGGUCAGGCCCAUGUGGCUGCUCCACCAGUGGCAGCUGUAGGCGGCAUGAUGGCCCCACAGCAAGGCCUGCCACCACAGCAGCCGGGCAUGAGGCAUCCCAUGCAUGGUCAGUAUGGUGCCCCUCCACAGGGCAUGCCAACCUUCAUGCCUGGAGGGAUGCCUCCAUAUGGGCAGGUUCCUCCUUACCAGGGAGGCCCCCCCAUGGGCAUGAGGCCACCUGUCAUGUCACCUGCCGGGCGCUACUGAAGCAGCAAAGCAGCCACCACAUUAGGUUUGAGGUUAACACCUUUCUCUCAUCCUUGUACAUUUUCUGACCUAGCUGCAAUCAAAGAGCAGUAACCCCAGUGGUGGAGAAGACUUAAUUAUUUGUUAGCAACACAUGGACAUUUAAUGUACCAACAGUCCAACACCACACAAGUUCCUGAAUGUUUUUUUUGUAAUUUGAUCACCUGUGAAGAUUAAAUUCUUUCCCUCAUAGGUUUCACUCAGGUUCUUAGGGGUGAAGUGUGUUAAAGUGAAUCAUAUUUCUGUUGAAGCUGCUGGACUUACAUGAACGUACCAACCCCUUACAAAGGCAAGUUUACCUUGUAAACCAUUUAUUGGAUUUUGUUUGUUUUUGUAGAUCACUCGGGCCCUCACAGCAUGCUUAGGUGCUGUUGGACUUGCGUCCCCAACCUUGGUUGGUGAGGGUCUCGGUGAUAAAGAUGUUUAGUGUUACCAAUCUGCAGCUCAUAAGUCUCUAGCUCUCUUCUUAUUUCAGGCUUGUUUUAAGAUGUUCCUGCUUAAAGGGUACCUGUGUGCAUCCUUUGUAAUGUUUUAUCAAUCUGUUGUAAUAAAAUACACCUUAAAACUGCA